UCUCUUGAGGAGCCCAGGAAGAAGGCUCCGCUGGUGCCGCCGGGUCAGGGACUGCCGGGACCAGGCUGCGGCAGUCGUUAGCGGGUCAUGUCGGCCGCCCAGGGAUGGGACAGGAACCGCCGGAGGGGAGGAGGAGCGGCCGGCGGUGGCGGCGGAGGUAGCGGGGCCGGCGGGGGCAGUGGGGGCAGCGGGGGUCGGGGGACUGGCCAGCUCAACCGCUUCGUGCAACUCUCCGGGCGGCCGCACCUGCCAGGUAAGAAGAAAAUACGAUGGGACCCAGUUAGGAGGCGCUUCAUUCAGUCCUGUCCCAUCAUAAGGAUCCCUAACAGGUUUUUGAGAGGCCACAGACCUCCACCAGCACGCAGUGGACAUCGUUGUGUGGCAGAUAACACCAAUCUAUAUGUGUUUGGAGGUUAUAACCCAGACUAUGAUGAAUCAGGAGGGCCAGAUAAUGAAGACUAUCCUCUCUUCAGGGAGCUGUGGAGGUAUCAUUUUGCAACAGGAGUAUGGCACCAGAUGGGCACAGAUGGCUACAUGCCCCGGGAAUUGGCAUCUAUGUCACUUGUACUGCAUGGAAACAACCUGUUAGUGUUUGGAGGUACGGGCAUUCCAUUUGGUGAGAGCAACGGCAAUGAUGUCCAUGUCUGUAAUGUGAAGUACAAGAGAUGGGCUUUACUCAGCUGUCGGGGGAAGAAACCCAGUCGUAUAUACGGACAGGCAAUGGCCAUCAUCAAUGGCUCCCUUUAUGUCUUUGGAGGGACAACUGGCUAUAUUUACAGCACAGACCUGCACAAGUUAGAUCUCAAUACCAGAGAGUGGACACAACUGAAACCAAACAACCUGUCCUGUGACUUGCCAGAAGAGAGAUACAGACAUGAAAUUGCUCAUGAUGGGCAGAGGAUUUACAUCUUGGGAGGUGGUACUUCCUGGACAGCUUAUUCUUUGAACAAGAUCCACGCUUACAACCUUGAAACCAAUGCAUGGGAGGAAAUUGCAACAAAACCCCAUGAAAAAAUAGGUUUUCCAGCAGCCCGAAGAUGUCACAGUUGUGUUCAAAUAAAAAAUGAUGUGUUUAUUUGUGGGGGCUAUAAUGGAGAAGUGAUCCUGGGAGAUAUCUGGAAGUUGAAUCUGCAAACUUUUCAAUGGGUGAAGCUUCCUGCUACCAUGCCAGAACCAGUUUAUUUUCACUGUGCAGCUGUUACACCGGCUGGUUGCAUGUACAUUCAUGGAGGAGUGGUGAACAUCCACGAAAACAAACGGACUGGGUCAUUGUUUAAGAUCUGGCUGGUGGUACCUAGCCUGCUGGAACUGGCAUGGGAGAAGCUGCUCGCGGCCUUCCCCAACCUAGCAAACCUCUCCCGAACACAGCUUCUGCACCUUGGACUAACACAGGGACUCAUCGAGCGCUUGAAAUGAGGAUAUCUGGACUGUUCAUUGAUGCUGGAAAUGUUAAUUUAAAGAGACUCCUUUAUUUAUGGGCAGUGUAGGAUGUGCUACAAAGAGAAUUGGUUACCCUGAUCAAGGCCUUAUUCAGAAAAUACAUCAGAUGCCUUUCUGUAAAUUGGUUUUUAAGUUUAUGGACAUCUCACUUUUCCAUGUGCUUUCUUCUUUGCUUCUCUUCCUCCUGCCCCAAUACACACCCACAUACUCACAUACUUUCUCUUUUUUUGAUGGAGUUGAGGGAAAGUCUGAAAAUACUUUAAUAAUGUUAUUGAUCAAGAUAAGAUAGAAGUUUUUUAAAAGGAAUUUUGAGCAUAAUGACCACGUCAACCAAUGCUCUACAGAUUAAAACAUCACCAAUAAAAACAAAAAUAAAAAUGUAGCAACAGCAACAAAAAGUAGUUUGGGGGAUAGAUUGAGAAAACUAACCUUGAGAAUCUUGAAGGUUAUUCUUAAACCAGGAUGUUUAACUUGGUAUUUUCAAGGUGUGUCUGAGUAGUUGGAUUGCAUGGCAGCAGUGGUUGGCCUCUUGCUGCAUGGACACCUAAGCUUAACCUUUGACUUUGGAGGAAAGUUAAGCAGCUCAGCAACUCCUGGUUAGUGAUAUCUUUUCUCAUCCUACGGUGCCAGCAGUUGUUGGAGUUGGUUUGUCCAGGAGACUUAUGUGUGAGUCAUGGUCUUUGUUGUUGCUCUUAGAAAUUAUGGCACCAGGAAUAUUUUAAACUGAGAAAUCUAAAGUUGUCCAAGUUCUUUCUGGGCAGUUUUGAAAUUCUCCUGUGCUUAUCUCUCUGACUUCUUCAUGGGAAGUAAUGUGUGGGGUAAAUGCCACAGGACAGGAGAGCAGGCAGAGAAUGCCAUCAGAUUUGAUAACUUGGCUUCUGCUCGGAAUGAUGGCCUUUGACUGUCACACUGGCCAUUUCCUUUUCAAAACUUGCUUCUUUUCUAAUCUCUGGACCAUGUACCUGCCAUUUUCUUCGGCAGUUGGUCCUCAAUUUUCCCCGAAGCUUGAUGCCUCCUUUUCUGUCUGCUUUAAUGUGCAUGGUGCUGAAAUUGUAAUAAUUGGAUAAAUGGUCUUGAGGGAAAAGCCACAGGUCAUCCUUCCUGAAACCCAAGUAUCAUUUAAACAUUAGCACAAGGAAGGAAUGAAACUGAGUAUCAUUUGCUUUUUUGUGUGUGAAAUUUUAGUUCUGACUUGCUUUGUUAAUUUUAAAAAGAAAAAUGACCUGAGUUUUCACUUGUUUUGCCAUCAGGCUGCUAGAGAGGUUGAGCAGUCACUUGCCAUGAGCAUUUGGAUGUGCACAGGUGUACUCAAGGUGCUGAGGGCACGCAAGAAGGCACAGCGCUGACCCUCCCACAGUCCCCUCACAGAGGAGAUUCAUGUGGGAGAUCUGGGACACAUUUUUCUUUAAGUGCCUCUUUUUCACCUAGCUUUUAAAGUGAUUCUUUUUUUUUUUUUUUUUUUUUUUUUUUUUUUUUUCUCCCUUUUACCCCAGAAGGGAUCUCUUUAGCUUAUGUGUGGAUUAAAAAUCACCUUUGACUUAUGGCUAAAAAGUUACCAUCUAGUGUUCAGUUCUGGGAAAGAGAAAACUGUGGCCUCUAGACUUGGACUCCUAACUUCUAGGCCUUAUUAUAUCCCAUCCAUGUGAGGAUUGAGGGAGAGGCAGGAAAAGGAACAGUUCCUCUUGGGGUCCCCUACUCCCACCUCUUGCCAUUCCCAAUCAGUGAGGCUUGCUCCUCAGAGGAGCUCUCUCCAGAACUUUGCUGCAUGACUUCAACUUGCCUCUGGGCAUUUGGUGGGAUUACAUCCGAAACUAACCAAGUCAUGCUGUCUAGGGUGGCAGAAGAAUUUUUGCCAUUGAUUUAUAUGGGGACCAAAGAUUGAAUGCUUAGCCUCUAUGCUUAGAUUUCCCUGGUCUUUGGAACAUUAGCAGGUCUCUGGCUUUGCUGCACCAGAAAGCUGGAGAGAGAGGGCAUCUGAGUCAAUCCACACUUGCCAGCAUCCUUUUAAAGCCUUCUGAGGACAGUCUUCUUUGAGGUAGAUUUUGGAGGCCUGACAUUGAAGACCUUGUGUGUGACAUUUUCUUGAAAGAGCACAUCCUUGGUCUACAGUGUCUUCUUUCAACAUAACACUAGUGAAAAUUAUGUAGUAUGACCAGCUCUGAGUGCUAUUCACAUGCACAAGUUCUGAAUGCCAAAUGAGACUGUGUGUAUGAUGAUUUAAAUGUAGAUGACUGGACUUUUAUAUAAGGGUCACCAGGCAUUUUAGUAUACCUAUAACCAGCACUUAGAAUUCCCGCUGCCAUUACUUGAUGUGGGAAAGGUUAUGCCUGAUGCUCCUCUGCCUCUUUGAGGUAUUCCCAGUCAGCUUCUGACAGUCCUGGAAGUUGAAGUGCAAUAUAUAGAAACACAUAUGGAUAUAUACAGAUUAUAUAGAGGAUGUGACUAUAAAGCAGCUACACUACUUUUUUGUAUUUGUCUUGGGAAAGCCAGCUCAUUGCUUUAGAGUAAAAUUAUGCCUAGAAUUUUUGAUGUGAUCAGCUGGCUUGAGCUAAAUCUUGGUAAAGCUGGAUUUUCAAGUCCAUAUUUUCUUACUCCAGGUCAUAGAGACAUAUUGUUCCCUGGGUUUGUUAGAGUUGAGAAUUUUUUCCCCCAGUCACCUCUGUACACUCUCUUACAUUUGCAUGUCUUGCCCAGGAACAAGGAAGUCACUGGAAAGGUGUUUCCUACAUGGAGAAUCAAAACCUAAUAUUUGGCACUAACAGUUCUCCCAUGUAUACACAAUUUAUCUGGGAAUGUAAUACCUUAUUAAAUGAUGAAAAUUACGAUUUCUUCAUUUAAUAAAGUAUUUUCCACACCCUGGAGAAAUGACAGACUGAUAAAGGUUAGAAUGAAAUGUUAACUGUUCUUCAGGGGCCAAAUGAAACCCUUUCCAUUGACAGAUUCUUCCUUUUUCAGGGUCCUAAUGACCAUGAUGUAAAAAUUUGCUCUAUACCAUUCCUGUCCAUUACAUAACUAGAUUUAAAAGUAUAAUAAUAAACAUAUUAACAUUUCUAAGCAAAAGGUAUAUUGACAGUGACCUUUGGUUACCCACAGUAGCAAGAGUAAAGCACAGAUAAUUGAAAUCCAUAGAUAAUAAUCAGUGUUUUAACUUUUCUAUCAAACAGUCGGUUCAUUGUUAUUUCUUCUCCCUCCCUGUCCCUGUGCCACAAGCACCUCCUUUUCAAUGGAGUGAGUAGUUAGAAAACGAAAAGGAAGACUCCCAGAGGGGCUGGCAAGCAGUGAACACAGAGCAGCCUGAUUAGCUCCAGUCGGUCAGUCUGACAACUGCUGAACACAGAGGAGAGCCGCAGGUGCAGUCCUGAGCUUAGCUGUCGCUCUUCAGCAUGAUCUCCUGCCCUGAGUUCUAGGCUGUCUCUCUUAAACUACCAAAGAACUCAGCACCUGUGGGAAGGAAAAAGCUGUGUAUGACACAGGAAAUUCCAUCAUUUGAAUACAUUUGACCCUUGACAAGUCCUUGCUUUUUUGUUUGUUUUUGUUUUCCUUUGGAGAUUCCUUCUCCAGUUAUAUGGCCUGAUUGCCUGGCAUUUAGGAAAGGUUGGACUAUCCUUUCCAGCUAUGUUGGUCUUUAUAUCCUAUAAAACCAGUUUAUUUUUAUGUGGUCUUACAGAUGUUUAGAAAGUAGCACAGGUUACGACUUGUUUAUCUGCCAGCAUUCUGAUGUAGCACAAAAAGCCAUUUUUCUUUUUUUUUUAAUCUUGUCCCAUUUUUCUGGCAUUGAGCUCCAGGGUAGAAGAGGGUUUAUGGUCUUAUGACCAUAAGUUUCAAAAACUGGUCACCGUUAGUUUAAAUUGCUUUGGUUCUUCAAAUACCUUGGAACUCUAGGAGCAUUGGCAGGGCCUGCAGUAGGCUCAGUAGAGUUCUGGAACCUCCAUAUGUUACCACCAGAUUAUACCCAGCAAUGACAUUUCCCUUCUAACGUCGUGAAAUUUGGUGGAAAGUGACCUCUUCCCUUGUCUGGUGUUAUAAACAGAAGUUCUGAGUUGUGCUUCAAAAGUGGUACCAUCUUUUUGGUGUAAUUUUCAUGUUUUAAAUUUUUAAUUUUUGAGAAGUUUUUUAAAGGCCCUGCUUAGACAGUGUACAGGGUGAGUCAGAGACAGUUUUCAGAG